AUUAAAUGAGGAUUCGGGCAGUGAUGCGUCUGGAAGGAAUAAGCGCGUCCGGUUUGAUUCUAGGCCGAAGGUUUUGAAUUUUCUCCGUGGUGAAGGACUGGUGGGAAUUUUGAGUGCGCCCAUUCAUUUACCGUGAGGGCGUCCCGUUUGGAAAAGGAAAGGGAGAAGAAAGGGGAACGAGCAUUUGGAUAAUUUGGCAUCAGGACGCGACCGGUGGGGCCUGUGAGUCUCCCAUUGUCCUGCCUUUCUUCAGCACCCUCUGUGUUUUUUUUAUUUAUUUUGUAGGUCGCCCAACUCUUUAUAUUCGCCCUAAAUGCUCCCAGCUCUUCGCAAUCACGGCCACCUCAACUCUCCCCUGCUGCGACUCUCCUACCCAUCAUCCUCUCCCAUCCCUCUCCCUGCUCCUCUUCUCCUCCUCACCGUAGCCUCCCCCGCUGUCCCGUCUCCCUUCUCUUGCUCCCUCCUCAUCGGCCUCCAAGAUAGAUUCCCUCAGGAGUAAGGUUGACCUGCUCAAGCUGCCCCUGGCUCUCUCCACCAAGUCCAUCUCCGAGCGCAAGAGCCAGCUGGGAGGAGUCGGCGAGCAGCGCGGCACGGGGGGAGGAGGAGGAGGCGGGGCUCGUAAAGCCCGCUCACCGCCGACCCGAGACAUGGACAACGAAUCGCAGUACUCUGGCUACUCAUACAAGUCCUCCCACUCCCGCAGCUCCCGCAAGCACAGGGAUCGGAGGGAUCGCCAUCGCUCUAAGAGCCGAGACAGCAGCAGUCGUGGGGACAAAUCCGUCACCAUCCAGACUCCUGGAGAGCCGCUGCUCGAUGCAGAGUCCACCCGCGGAGAUGACAGGGAUGAUAACUGGGGAGAGACGACCACGGUCGUCACCGGCACCUCAGAGCACAGCAUCUCGAACGAGGACCUGACCCGCCUCUCCAAAGAUUUGGAGGAGUCGACUCCACUGGAGUGCAAGCGCUUUGUCGGCCCAGCUCUGGGAGGCUGCCUGAGCUUCUUCGCCCUUGUCACACCUUUAGCCUUCCUCAUCCUCCCGCAGGUCCUGUGGCGUGAUACCCUGGAGCCCUGCGGCACGCCCUGCGAAGGCCUCUACGUAUCCUUGGCUUUCAAGCUCCUGGUCCUGCUCAUCUCCUCUUGGGCGUUAUUCCUACGCCCUCCACGCGCCACCCUGCCGCGCUUCUUCGUGUUCCGCUGCCUGUUGAUGGUGCUGGUGUUCCUGUUUGUGGCGUCGUACUGGUUGUUCUAUGGCGUGCGGGUGCUAGAGCCCAGGGAGAGGGAUUACAGGGGGAUUGUGGAGUACGCUGCCUCGCUGGUGGAUGCCCUGCUCUUCAUCCAGUAUCUGGCACUGGUGCUGCUGGAGGUCCGACACCUGCAGCCGGCCUUCUGCCUGAAGGUGGUUCGGAGCACGGAUGGAGCCAGCAAAUUCUACAAUGUGGGCCACCUCAGUAUCCAGCGGGCAGCUGUCUGGGUGUUGGACCGUUACUACAGCGACUUCCCCGUCUACAACCCUGCUCUGCUCAACCUGCCCAAAUCCAUCCUGUCCAAGAAGAUGACCGGCUUCAAGGUUUACUCCCUGGAUGAAAACACCACCAAUAACUCCACAGGUCAGUCCCGGGCCAUGAUAGCAGCUGCUGCCAGGAGGAGAGACAACUCCCACAACGAGUACUACUACGAGGAGGCCGAGAUGGACCGCCGCAUCCGCAAACGCAAGGCCAGGUUGGUCGUGGCGGUGGAGGAGGCCUUCACACACAUCAAGCGUCUCCACGAGGACGAGGUCGCCUCGUCCCCCAAACACCCGAGAGAGGUGAUGGAUCCUCGGGAGGCGGCUCAGGCCAUCUUCGCUCCGAUGGCCCGAGCCAUGCAGAAAUACCUGAGAACCACCCGUCAGCAGGCGUUCCACAGCAUGGAGAGCAUCCUCACGCACCUGCAGUUCUGCAUCACACAUAACAUGACGCCCAAGGCUUUCCUGGAGCGUUACCUCACCCCAGGUCCCACCAUGCAGUACCAGCAGCAGAACGGCAGGGGGCGCCAGUGGACUCUGGUGAGCGAGGAGCCGGUGACUUCAGCGCUGCGUCAGGGUCUGGUUUUCUCCCUGCGGCGCCUGGACUUCUCCUUGGUGGUCACGGUCACGCCGCUACCUUUCAUGCGGGUCGGGGAGGAGUUCAUCGACCCAAAGAGCCACAAGUUCGUCAUGAGGCUGCAGUCGGAGACCUCGGUGUGACGGCAUCUCCUUAAGUGCCCCACCUCCCUACCCCACCCCCGCUGUGCUCUCCUUUUGUGCUCACCCCUGCUGGAUCACUGAUGUGCCGGACACGUGGAGGCCUCGUGGUCCAAUCUCGUCCAAUCAUUUCCACUGUCUGUGACAAAAAAAUCAUACAAGGAGAGGAGUGUUACGUAUCUGACACCUCCUCCUGUUUAAUGAUCAUCACAGAUGCUCUGAUAACAAACUGUGAUCAGCUCAACGAUUGUCUACACCUGGAAAUAAACGGAUGCCUUGACGUUUUCGGUUUUCCCGUGUUGUUAAGUCUUUGUCUUUACAACACUCUGUUUAAAAAAAAAAAAAAGAAAAAAAAUCCCUUGUUUUGCAAAGGGGACUUUCUGUCUUUUUGUUUCUUCUUUUGCUGUAACCACUGGACUACUUUACUGUGCUGAUUCAACACAUGCACACCAGAGGAGGGGGGAUUACAUCACAUCUGUCACUUCCUCUGUAUUGUGUCUUAAGAACAGACCAACUGGAGCUCAGCUCUGACUGCAACGCUGGUGUACCACUGCCUUUCGGUUCCCUGUCAGUGUAUUGUUUUGUUUGAGAUGACAAGGACUGUUUUUAUAUUAGAGGGUGUGACUUUUUUUUUACUUACAGAAUGUAGCAUUAUGUGCAUUGAUUUUAACAUGUUGCUUUUCUGCGGCCUCAAGGCCAAAAUGUCUUUUUAUCUGACUGUAAUGAAAAAUGGAAGUACAUUCCUAAGUUGUUGCUACUCCAGAACUCUGUAUGCUCAUGAUUGUCUAAAUAUGCAGCUUUAGUUUUACUCUACACUGGCAAUUUUACUGUUGAUGUUACAAUUUUAACAGGACAUCUGAACAAAGAUCCCUCUUACACUUGCUAUUAACAUGCUACCAUGCAUCCUAUUUGGAGGAAGAGGAUGU